AUGGACUCUCCCUCUACUACAACUAACCAGAAACCGUUCAAACAAGCCUGCGACAAUUGUCGUCGGCGGAAAAUUAAAUGCUCCAGAGAGCUCCCCUGCGAUAAAUGCCAGAGACUACUCCUCUCCUGUUCCUAUAGUGAUGUUCUGCGCCGGAAGGGACCGAAAUUCCGCACCCUCUAUCCUUUAGCUCCAAUCCACCCACUUGUAUCUCGGCGCGGAGAGGAGCGCCGCUGCCAUUCUCAAAAGCACCCUCUCGAUAGCGAAUGGCUUUCGGAGUCGGGAACAUAUGCACUGCCAGGAUCAGGUUCUCCUGUUUCGCCGUUCACAGCGGCCGAUAACCAAUAUAUACCUUCGGAACUCUCGGACUCAUGCACCAGGCUUCCACCGCCGGAGCUGGUUUCCUCCCCGGACUCAACCAACUCCCUGUCAGAUUCGCUCAUUGGAGCAAUAUUCCCUUCGGCAAGACGUCUAUCAGCACCGGUUCUACUGGCCCACGUCAAUGUCUUCCUGAAGUAUCUGUUCCCUAUCAUGCCAGUAGUGCAGAAAGAAAAGCUGCACCAAGACUGUCACCAACCGCAACAUCUGUCUUCCCGAAGAUACGCCUUCCUGGCUUCAUUAUGCGCGGUUACACACAUCCAGCUGAAACUAGACGGUGCGACAUCAGCCUCGAAUCCUUCGCACCUGCAAGCCGGCGUCGACGGCCGUUCGGUCAUGUCCGGCGAGGAGUUACUGGCGGAGGCUGUGCGCGCCAGAAAAGACGUCGACCUGGUGGAUGAAAUGAGUGUCGAAAGCCUUCUAACAUCUUUCUUCCUUUUUGCUGCAUACGGCAACUUGGAUAAGCAGGACCACGCCUGGUUCUAUCUGUGCCAGGCGACAUCUAUGGUCUUCACGCUAGGACUGCAUCGCGAAUCAACAUACUCCGAUCUGAGCGUCGAGGAGGCGGAAGAAAGACGAAGGAUCUUCUGGCUACUAUUUAUUACAGAGAGAGGCUAUGCACUACAACAAGCCAAACCAGUCAUGCUCCGCAAUUCCAUUCAUAAACCACAAGUUCUCGGCUCAAACGACCCAAUCCUUGCCUACGGGUUCAUCAACCUUAUCAGCAUCUUCGAAAAGCUAACUGUAAGUCUCUACGACUGGGUCUCUGCCGGCGGCGGAGACGGUAUCUGCGCAAUGCCUCCUACAUCAUCCAUCCAAUCCAGUCUCAGCAAGUCCAUCUCAUUAGAAGGGGUUUCAGAAAUCCAAAAAGUCGACAUCCUCAUCACUCAGCAGUGGCUCCAAGCCAUGAUGUGGAAACUCUCCAUGACACGUGCCGCGCAGCCUGGCGCACGCGAUGAUACCGUCCUCCCAUUUCAUCUGCCCGUAUUGGUCGGGAAAGCAGUCAUGGGCGUCAUUGGAGCCGCGUCGCAAGGCGCUGUCGAUGCGCACGGUAUUGGAAUGGAACAAAAGCUCUUCGACCUAGGCACCUCCGUCGCGGACGUCUCCCGCUCCCUAGGAUCAAAAGCGUCCCAACAUCUUUCCGAAUCAACCGUCGACCCUCGCGAUCUCCUAUGGGGAAUACUCAACAUGUUAUCCCGAAUCCGCGGUUCCCAGUCGUACUUGCUCCCUGCGCUCGUGGAACGAAGUAAGGGUGUCUUGGGCUUUGACUGUUCGCUCUCCGUAUACAAUCUCCUGCCACCGACCACUACCACCACUACUACUACUGCCGGGUCUGCGCUGUCUGAUCUAGAUUCUCUAGAACAUGCGUGGGAUUAUGUUUCAGCUCAGGAUGAUCUCCGGGAUCAAGAGGGGGAUACGGUGGAGUCAGUGAUGGGGAUUAUGUCGUCUUCGAGGAUACAAGAGGAUAUCUCGUUUUAG